AUGGCGCCUCCAUCGAAAUCCGUACCAAUCCCUAUACACAGGUCUGCUUCACACACACCUUCGAUGAUGGUGAACGCCAAGAAGUAUCUGUCCGAUCGACCUCAGCUUUUGGAUUGCCCCAGAUGCAAAAACCAUGGCGAGACUGAGCUGCAUUUUGUGAACGGGUUCUUCACCUAUGUCGCUUUCCUGGUAAUCCUCAUCGCAGGCAUUUUCGUCCUCCCGUUGUUCUUCUUAUGGGUGCCUUUCUGUGUAGAGACCUUCAAGGACGUUGAACACCACUGCCCAUCAUGCAAGGCCUGGAUCGGAACGUACAGACGUCUUGGCAAGAGCACUUAG